AUGCAGUUCUCUCUCCUUACUCUCUUAACUAUCUGUGCCUAUGUCACCGCGCUGCCUGGAACGAAUGAUCUCGGUGGCGGAUGGACGAACGAAAACGCUGCUGCCUGCAAAUGCGCCCCGACAAAGACUACCGCAACAAUUACAGUAACCGUUACCGCCACCAGCACCACUACGGGUACUGUCACCACCACAGACACUACCACCACCACGGACACUGUCACCACCACGGACCCCCUGUCACCACCACGGAUACCAUCACCACUACAGACACUGUCACCACUACAGACACUGUCACUUCUACGGUGA